AUGUGUCGGCCGCAAGUGGACCGCCCGCUAGCCGCGCUAUCGCUGCUGCACCACCAGCUGCAGCAGCGCCGCCAGCCAUGGUUAGCGCCCGACUGGUCCCCGCCGGAAUCCGUGCCGGACGAGGCGGAGGCCGCCGCGGCGUGGCUGCGCUUCCAGCGGCGCCGCGUGCGGCUGCUGACGCGCCGAAUGCGCUUCCUGCUGCUGCUGCUGCUCACGCUGGGCGUGCUGCAGAUCUUCCUGGGUGCAUACGUGUCGUUCUGCUUCCACGUGGCUGUCGCUAAGCACCGCGCGAGAAACCAGGAGCUACAGCAGGCGCUGGUGCGGGCAGGGGAGGCGUGGGAGUGGCAGCAGCAGUGGUGGGCGUGGAGCAAGCGGGAGAAGGCGAGAGGGAGAGGAGCAGGGCGAGGCAAGGACAGGGGUGAGGCGGCGCUGGGACUGCCUACUGCCUCCCGCCCUGGCAGCUCGUAUGCCUCUCAUCACCACUGUCACCUGCAGCAUCAUGCCGCCGCCCCUACUGUUGCGCUCUCGGGCCCCUGCUCCUGGGAGGGAGGCUCCAACCACCCGGGCCUACAGCAGCUGCUGGUCUCAGCUGCAGCAGGCACGGCGGCGAGGCAGCAUCAAGAAAGGCAGGGGGAUCAGGAGGAACGCGAGCAGGGUGGGGAGGUGGUGUGCUCUGGGUUGGUAGCGGGAGGGGAGGAAUCUAGGUGCUGGGGUGCAUGGGAGCAGACGGACUCGUUAGGGGACUGCUGGUGGGAGGAGUCAGCAGCAGGUUGCUUGCUGGAUGGACCUCUCACAUGCAGGGGUAGUGGCAGCAGCAGCAGCAGCAGCAGCAGCAGCAGCAGCAGUUGCAGUGCGAGCAGCACAAUUCAGACCUUUCACAUGCCUUCUCAACCCCUAGCAACAUGCCCUGUACCUGCCACGCCCGCGCUCUCCUCUCUCCUCUGCCCGUCUCCUCCCCAACUGCAGUACACCCUAUCGUGA